GGCGGCGGGUGCGGGGCGGCCGUGAGGCGGCGGCGCGGCGGGGAUGGAGCCGCCUGCGGCCCCGGGCCCCGAGCGGCUCUUCGAUUCGCACCGGUUCCCGACCGAUGGGUUUCUGCUCCUGGCCCUGUUGCUCUACGCGCCCGUGGGGCUCUGCCUGCUCGUCCUGCGCCUUUUCAUCGGUGUCCACGUGUUCCUGGUCAGCUGUGCCCUGCCCGACAGCGUCUUGCGGCGGUUUAUUGUCCGUGUGAUGUGCUCCGUGCUGGGGCUGCUGGUGCGGCAGAACGACCCGCGGCUGCGCGGGGCCGGCGCCAAGGUCUUCAUCGCCAACCACGUCACCCCCUUCGACCACAACGUCGUCAGCCUGCUCACCUCCUGCAACACGCCUGCGCUGAAUGGUGCCCCAGGGUUCAUCUGCUGGUCCAGGGGAUUCAUGGAGCUGGGAGUGAUGGGCAGCAGGGCGGAGCUGGUGGAUUCCCUGAAGGAAUACUCGUCCCAGCGAGGGAACCCACCACUGCUGCUGUUCCCAGAGGAGGCGGCCACCAACGGCCGGGCCGGGCUGCUCCGCUUCAGCUCGUGGCCCUUCUCCAUCCUGGAUGUUGUGCAGCCCGUUGCCCUGCAGGUCCGGAGGCCGUUGGUGGCAGUGAGCGUGGCCGACUCCUCCUGGAUCACGGAGCUGCUCUGGACCUUCUUCGUUCCCUUCACAGUAUAUCAAGUAAGGUGGAUGCCGUCUGUCCCCAGGCGAGCGGACGAGCCGAGUGAGGACUUUGCGCUCCGAGUUCAGGAGCUCUUGGCCAUGGAGCUGGGUGUGGUAUCCACACGGAUCACCGCCGCCGACAGGACUGAGCACAUGAAGAGGCUGCGGCACACGGCACGGCUGCCCUUUGCCCCAGCCUCGAGUCAGCGCCUGGUAGCCCAGCCCAGGGUGCCCCCCCAUCUGCCUGGAGGUGCUCCUGAGGACGUGCAGGUCGUGGCCAUGGCACAGCAGGUCAAGGAGGUGCUGCCUCACGUGCCCCUGGAGGUCAUCAGGACAGACCUGGCCCAGACCAACUGUGUGGACACCACGAUUGCCAACUUGCUGGAGGGGAGAGUUUCCUUCUUCCCUGAGAGUCAGGAGGCUGGUACUGACCUGCCUACCCUGUCUACCUCCCAGGCUGCAGCUGCUUCUGGCAUCCAGGGCUCCGUGGCUGCGCCUUCUGCCAAGACGGCUACAAAGCAGUUUGCAAAGUCCCCCGUGGAGCGUCACCUGUCCUUGCAGGAGCGGAAACGAGCCUUGUACGACUAUGCCAGGAGGCGGUUCACCGAGAAGCACGGCGUGGCAAGGGCCGGCGGCAGCCUCUAACGGGCCCGGGCCGGCGGCGGCCCGUGAGCGGAGGCCCUGCCCGCACCGGCCCGGAGCCCGUGACCGGCUCGGAGCCCGUGACCGGCCCGGAGCCCGUGACCGGCUCGGAGCCCGUGACCGGCCCGGGCCGGCGGCGGCACCGGCGCGCGCGGGCCCCACGCGGACGGGACGGGCGGGGGGCGGGGGCGCCCCCUGGCGGCGAAAAUAAACGGCGGCAGCGUC